CAUGCAAUUAGUGUUUUAUUCUAAUAGAUGUAUGACUUGUUUUCUUGUAUUAUAGAAUAUUUUUUUCCAGUCCGGCACCAGUACGAUAAUGUUGAUUUUGCACUAAAACGUCCUAUGAUGAUGAGACAACACUGUCCAUCCAUCCAUUUUCUAUGCUGCAUAUCCUCAUUAGGUCACGGGGGUAUGCUGGAGCCUAUCCCAGCUAACUUGGGCGGGGUACAGAGUAAGGUCAUGCGUGUUUAAAAAGGAGCUAGACAAUUGGCAAACAUUGCUUACACAUACACGACCCCUCUUGAUACGAAACAGUACCUGGACGCUGAAUAAAUCAUGAAUGUACCGCUGCCUUCUUUUGCUGAAGUGACGUUAAACCCGAUACGCCGUUCAUUAUUCAGCAACUUGUCAAACUUACAAGCCAAAGUGUGCAUGCACAUAUAAGACACACAACUGUGAGGGUUGGCGUUACCUCGUCGUGCGCAGAUGAGCUCGUGAACGCCACAGUUCCUCCCUCCCCCUGGAAAGAUAACAGAUAAGAUAUACUGUACUAUACUGUCAUGUGCAGUAGAAACAUACAUUGGUGCUUAAAGGGGACCUAUUAUACUCAUUUUCGGGCCUUUGUAUUGAGUUCUGGACUCCUAUAGAGCAGCAGAGAAAGCUUUCUAGAUCUUCCAGACUCUGCACUUCUUCCUGCAGUGUUUCCUGCCUCCCGUCCAAAUGGUCUGUGUAAAUUUAUAGGCCUGGUCCAGGUACGCCUCUCAACGAGCCCACUCCGCUGUGAUUGGUCACACUCCCAAGCGCUCCGGAGGACUUCCGGACAGCUGCCGAACCCCUUUUGUCCGAUUACUUCCACAAAAUAAACACAGUUAGGACGCUGAUAAAUUGUUACUUACAGCUUGCUCUUCUGACUCUUCAACACGACCAAGUAAUUUUGGAAAGGCGUCGGACCUCAGUAACAGUUUGCCGCAUGUUCACUCAACAGUCCCGUGUGACGCGCCGUUGACAGGUGAGCAUAUUUUUCUCUUGCUGGCCGGGAAUCAGCAACUCCAACCACUUCUGCCUGAUGCUUGCCUCUUUAGGCGCACCCGAACAAACAUUCCCUGGGAGCCAUUGCUCCACGUGCUAACACCGUGGGCAGAGCGGGGGUGCUGGGCAUGUCCAUAUAAGGAAGUGCGGGUUGCGUUGACAUCAAUGGAACUCGGUGUUUAAAAAAAAAAACUAUGUAAAACACAGCGUGCGGAGCCGUCCAAAACUGCUUCCAGGGCUCACUUCCAACUGAGCAAACCUCAUUAUCUGACACAUUGGCAUGGUUUAACACGAGAAUAGAACAUUGUAAUAACAUUUAUAGGUCAGACAAGACAAAAAGUGUAAUAGGUUCCCUUUAGGGUUAGCAGAGCUGCCAUGCUUUCAUCUCAUCUUGCAUGACACUGAUAAAAGACGUGCUUAAACGGCGUCAAACACUUGCCGGCAGGCGGCGGUGGGUGCAGUUGCUUUACCACCUAAACGGGCUCCAGUUGUAAACAGGAAACGAACAUUGUUUCAACACUGAGGUAACAAAUUGUGUUGUACACAUUACUGUAAAUCACGACAACACAGACUUCUGAAAAGUGUCUGUUAACUUUGAUACCUGUAUGAUAUUUCUCAACACCAGUCAGGUGGUGUUACUUUAACUUGCAUGGGUUUUCUCGUGUUUUAAUGGGAAAAGGUUUUAACCUUUCAGAUUUUUUUUUCUGCUUAAAUAGUGCAUUUAUAGAGGAAUUGUACACAGAAUUCUUGGACUCAUUUUCUUUUUACUUUUUAAAAGUAACUUCUGGAUUCCAAAAUUAAAUGAAAUGAAAAAUUAAUUGACUUCCUUAGUUAACUCCUUAAGUCAUGUUACGUAACCUAUGCCAGGAUUGCAUCACCAAACAUCACACACAACUACAUAAAAAAGUAUUUGCUCAGACUAACUUUGAGGUUUUUGGUCUGCAGAAAAAAGCUAGAACACACGCAAUAGCACCCUCUAUCUGUGACAAACGGUACAUAUCCAAGUACUGUACCACUGGGUACGGGUUAGAAUACUGUCAUGUGUGUGUCCGGGACACAGAAAGUGGGAAUAAAAAGAGGUAACAGGUGUUAAAAAGGCUUUACUUUGCUAAAGAUGAAGGGCAUGCCUCCUUGCUAAAGCAGGAGCAAAUAGAGAAGCAAUAGCGAGGUUGAUUUGUGUUCUGUCACACAGCAGACAGAAUCUCUCCAGGCCAAUUCACUUGAAACGUUCUGCUGGCUUAUUCAUCCUAUCAGCCCAGAAGCUUGCCAAUGUCAAAAAGUGUUGCAAUCAGCAGAACACGGAGCACCAAUUUACAGUCACAGCCAACCGGAAAGGGAGGACAUAUAUUUCUCCAGUUUUGUUAAUAUGUAAUAACAUCACUUUUGUUUAAACUACUAUAAACUACCAAUUCAUGUGAGGGUGUGUAUUUUUUUUAAAGGAGUAAGUCAUAAGGUAGACAACAUAUUGUUUAUGUCUUAUGGGUGACUGUACUAGCAAGAUAGGCGUGCAGUGCAACUAAGAGAAAAUCAUAUUUAAAUGUAUUAUAAUUAGCCUAUUUAUCGCCAGUGUUAUUUUUUUAGGUGUGCGAAGAUUGAAUUUAAUUGACUAUCCAAACUAUGAAAGGUUAUAUUAAUGAGUAGUAGACAGCCGUAAUAUGGGCACAUGGCUACGCGUCAAGCAGAUCCAUCCGCUAACUAAUGUAGUCCCAGCAAAAACAAAGCGGCAGUCACGUGAUCGCAAAGCACGCCUGAACGCACGUGAUUUUCGGCUUAGGAGUUAAAGAGGAAACAAAAUCAAAUAAAUAUUAACCGUUCGAAUCGCCAAGUGUGCCAUCGUGUUUUUGGUUUCUAACGUCACUAAGUGAACGCACCACCACUCCAACAUGACUUGAACAUGAACGCAUCCCGUGAUGGGAUCGCAACAUUCCACUGCAUCAACACCGCACUUUAGCACUAUAGCUCCCUCGCUUCCGGAUAACCUCCCUUUACCGGUCCCUUUCCUCCCCCCCUUCCAAAAAAACACGUUCACGCCAUUACCAAACAAAAUGUCACCGCUGUAAAGUUUUCAUGAGAGUCCCCCACAGGACACCUGACAGCGAACACUUACCGUCCACCGCCAUGAUGCUCCGUCCAGGACUCUACCAAGUAUGAGGGAAGGGGGUGUGAUAGUGUGAUUUUGUAUGUGUGUGUGUGUGUGUGUGUGUGUGCGCGCGCGCACAGAGGUCAUUCAUGUGUGGGACACGGACACAUUGUGUUAUCGUGUGGUUGAACAAAUGACAGGCGCACUGCAGUAUACUAUGUCAGCAAAUAACAUAUUCAUAACCAGUUUAAUUAUUCCUAUAACAUGACAGUUGCAUAAAAAUGAGUACACAAAUGAAUUUACAGGGCCAGGCUGCAUUGUCUUAAUUAUCUCACCAGCAGAUGGCCAUUUAUUUGCCUGUAGCAAUCAUUAUGCUGCAGUCUUUAAAUGCAUUUGUUAAUGUUGCAGAACAAUGAUUUUGUCUAUUGAGAUGGGUGUUUGUUUUUGUAUUUUAUAAAAUAUUUAUUAUUUAAAUGUAUUUAUUUCAACCUCAGUGAACAGCUACAAAAAUAUGUUAUUUUAUUUGAUAUAAUGUAUUUUUUACAUUAGUAAUUCAUUCUACACAGUCCACAUAAUUUGGGAAUAAAUUAAUUAAAGACAAAAAAAUCUGAGGAGCCGCUUGGGAGCAGAAAGAGCCGGGUCUUUUUAGGAAGCUGAGUCAAAAGAACCGACUCUCUCAAAAGAGCCGACAUUUCCUUCACUAAAAUGAAUGCGCGAGGUGCCGACGUAAUCACGGUGACACACCCACUCCACUUUCACACUUCCGCAAACUUUCUCAGGUUUUUUUCCCCCCCCUUCCUACAGUUCUUUCUCUUUUGCUGGACGUUUUUUUGCCAGACGCCCUUUUAAAGAAAUAUGAGCGAAAUAAAGAUAAACCAGUCAAGCACAAAUGAGGACAACGGGGAGGAAAAAGACUGGGCGGCGGCCAAAGCCUUUUUUGAUAACCUCAAAACUAACAAACCGAGACCGCCAAAACCCAGGUUUGCUGUUACCAUCGCGGUGUCUUCCCGCACCCUCUUCAACAUGGUGGCAGAGAGGGACAUCUAUGAAAAAGAAGGAGUAGAGAGAUAUGUCACCUAUCAGGUGGAACACGAACAUGAACCUCUCAAGCCAGGAGCUGCUUUCCCUUUUGUCAAGGCACUGAUGACGGUCAACGCUCGCCUGAGGGAGCUCUACCCGGACAGCGAGGAGUUGUUCGAUAUCGUCCUCAUGACCAACAACCAUGCCCAAGUUGGAGUGCGCCUCAUAAACAGCAUCAAUCACUACGAUUUAACCAUCGAGAGAUUCUGUAUGACCGGAGGACAAAGUCCAAUAGGCUACCUGAAAGCGUACUUGACCAACUUGUACCUCUCCAAGGAUGCUGAGAAAGUGACGGAGGCCAUUGAAGAAGGCAUUGCCGCCGCCACCAUGUUUAUGCCCGAGACGGAGAACGAGCUGAGCGACACUCAGCUGAGGGUGGCCUUCGAUGGCGACGCCGUCCUCUUCUCGGAUGAGUCCGAGAUUAUAGUGAAGAAGCACGGCCUGGAUACUUUCUUUGAGCAUGAGAAAGAGUUUGAGAACAAACCGCUUGCUCAGGGCCCCUUAAAGGGAUUCCUGGAGGCUUUGGGGAAGCUCCAGAGGAAAUUCUACGCUAAGAACGAGCGUUUGAAUUGUCCCAUAAGGACCUUCCUGGUCACAGCCCGCAGCGCCGCCAGCUCGGGUGCUCGAGUCCUGAAGACCCUCCGCAGCUGGGGCCUGGAGGUUGACGAGGCCCUCUUCCUGGCCGGAGCCCCUAAAGGGCCCCUGCUGCAGAAGAUAAAACCACACAUCUUCUUUGAUGACCAGAUGUUCCACAUCGAGGGGGCCAAGGAGCUGGGCACCAUUGCGGCUCACGUCCCCUACGGGAUUGGACAAAAGUACCACAGAGGAAAACUCAUCGAGCAGCCAAAAGAGGAGUGAUCUGCUCAUGGACCAAAUAAACAAAAAAAGGGUAAAGCGUUAAAGUUGUACAUCACUGUUAACAGAAAUAUAAAUGUAACUUUUUUUUUUAUUUUCACACGGCUGGAAACUUACUUUUGUAUUUUUGACUUCCUUUUUCUACUUUUUUCAAAUCACUUUUGAGUUUGAAGCCAUACAGUGGAACUUUUAAAGUUGAACACAUCAAAAAGUGGUACGGUUUAGAGUUCUACCAAAGAUGUAUGGAUAAAUAUACCUCAAUAGUCAAGGGAAAUAUUUGGUGAGCAUCUUUUGUAAGCAUUAACUCUACUUGGUGAUGUCACCCCACUUGGGUACCAGCAACGGCAAAGGGAAACGUGUGGUGAUAACCAUAGAACAUAAAAUGGACAUACUGUAGUUGAAGGGUAUAGCUGGCAAAGGGAAACAAGCGUAAAGAUAAGCAUGGAGCAUGAAAUGGACAUAUGUAACAGUUACUGAAAACAUCGCCUAUGCAGUUCAUUAAAACGGUGACAGUUGACUUGACGUGAUUUUCUAUGGGGAAAAAGUGUUUUUACUUGGAAACCAAGCCUCACUGAGUUUGAUUGUGUUCUAUUUCGGAGGCUCCACUGUACGUGAUAGGCCACAGCUACACACUGUUACACUCCACACUGUACCGCACUGUGUAAAACAGAGAAUGCCGCAUCACAGCAUUUUGCUGCUGAGCACUUUUCUUUCUCCAUCUUAUUGUUUGCAGCAUUUUGUAAGUAAAGAGAAGCUGCCUGCUCACUGUUAUGUAGCAAUAUCACACCCCAUUCAGUGGCUUUAUUUUAACAUUUGACACUGUUAUUACUGUGUUUUGCAGUUCAUGCCUCAUUUAAAUGUCACAGUCAGGCGCUGUGACUUGUUUACACCAUUACACUGCCUCUGUUCGAGCAAGUUACUGUUUUUAUGCUUCAUUUUGUGUUUUCAUAUACCAAUAACAUGCAUGACAUCAA